GCAGUAAUGUAGUUAGUGUGUGUUAGCAUCCACCGAUCACACUGCCAUGUUUGCAUCUGCCGCGCACCGCUGCAUCGGUGCAUUGUGCACUGCACUCACACUGCCAGCGCAUAGAUUCGGGCACGCUUGGCCUGACGUCACACAACUGCUUCCUUUGAACUUUUGCUCACUGCACUCACACUAGUACACUGCCAGCGCAUGGAUUCGGGCGCGCUUAGCCUGACGUCGUACAACUGCUUCCUUUGAACUUUCUCUUUCUUUCUUGCUGUUGGCUUCACUUCAAAGACUAGUCUAAUUAGUGGUGACUUUUAGCUUGUGCCAGCACCAAAUUUUCGCUUGUGCCAGCACCAAAUUUUCAGUUUGGCUUCUAGCUUGUGGUAGCUUUGAGUAACUAAUUAGCCACACGCUUCGAUUGUGUUCAGCUCGUACUGUUGGUGCCUGAAACAAUGUCGUCUAUUGUGCAUCGGAUGCGGGUGGCAGAACUGCGAGCCGAGCUGGACGAUCGAGGUCUGCUGACCACCGGAAAGAAAUCCAUUCUGGUUCAGAGAUUGCUGGACGACAUGGAGAGAGAAAACCUGGGUCCAACUCAACCUUCAGCAAACGACUCUGCCGAACCCACUGUGGAUACAUGCGAGGUGCUCGCCGAUCCCCCGGUCACCUUGGAUCCGACUGGUAUUCGCGAACUUAUUCGGGCUGAAGUUCGUUCUGCCAUCACAGACGAGAUUGGAGCCUCUCUUCUGUCGCAGCCAAGUGCGGCACCAGCGCCACCAGCUGCGUCAUCCGACAUUGGCAUGGGUGCUGCGUGCUCCACACCGCCUCACGCUGGAAAUCUGCACGUCCCAAAGUCGGUGCAGGAUAGGAUAUUGCGAGGAAUUUCGACGUCAUGCUCCGUUAGCGCGGCCGAGUCCAGACCGUGCUCGUCUUCCAGCAGUCUUGUGAGUGAAGUUACUAAGUACGCUGCCUGUGCAAUUGCUGCUAAUACCAGACGCACCUACUCUGCCGGUGAGCGUCGUUUUGUCAGUUUCUGCUCCCUUUGCAAUCUGCAACCUUACCCAGCUUCUGAUCUUACCCUCAGCUGCUUUGGCGCUCUUCUUGCUCGCUCUGUCCGCCCUUGCACGAUAUCUGUUUAUUUGCAAGCUGUACGGAAUGCACACAUUGAACAGGGUCUAGAGGAUCCCCUGAUCGAGACCUGGCUUCUCAAGAGAGUGUUGAAGGGUGUUCAGCGGUGCCAUGGGACCGAGACAGUAAAGCCUAGAUUGCCCAUAACUAUGCCAACUCUAAGGAAAUUAGUCGAUGCCUGUGAUCACGUCCCCGUGUUGCCCGAGCAUGACCGAGUUCUCUUCAAGUCUGCUGUGCUGUUGGCAUUCUUUGGUUUCCUAAGGUGCUCCGAAUUUACAGAGGGCCUUACAAGAGAGUGUAUCAGAUUUGAGUCGGGCAGCAUGACCAUCCUGCUAAAGAGAUCAAAGACAGACCAAUUUGGAAAGGGAGUCCAUAUUGUCAUUGGACCGGCCGGUCGCCCUUACUGCCCUGUGUAUGCUAUGCUACGCUACCUGGCGAUGAUUGGCAGUCGAAACGCAUCCACUCCUCUGUAUGUACUUGCCAAGGGUGUGCCGUUAUCCAGAGCUGUUUUCACCAGUACUGUGCGCUUGCUGCUUGAAAAGGCUGCGGUGCCAAACAUCGAACUCUACUCGGGGCACUCAUUCCGAAUUGGCGCAGCUACUACCGCUGCCAUGGCAGGGAUACCUGAUUCGCUGAUUCGUUCUGCCGGCAGGUGGCAGAGCGAUGUGUGUCUACGCUAUAUGCGAAUUCCAAUGGAGACCAAGUCCAAGAUCUCGGCUCAGCUUGCCUCAGUGAGUGACCUUAUCUGAUUCUUUGCACGGACAGUUUAUGUUCCAUCCCUGAAGUCCUAGCAUAGGAAUGUCACUGCUCGAUAAUUUCUUAAUGCUGGGCGGGGGGUUGUUCGGGGAUAGUGUUGCUGCUUUGUGGAGCUCUAUCGCUCCUAACUGGUCACUUGCUUCGCUAGUUGCGGCUCUUCACGAGCCAGUUGUUGCCAAUUGCAUUGGCUUUGCCUUGCAACCCCAUUGUGGCACAAUGUGGGUUUAUUGCGGCUCCUCGCGAGCCAGUUGCUGCCAGUGGCCUGGCAUUGCUUUCCAGCUCUUCGAGCUUUUGCAUUACAAGACCAGUUACUCGAAGCAGCACACUAUCUCCAAAACAAUUCCUUGUUGCCUUGGGCUGAGUAUGAGUGUGUGAGGGAUAUGGUGCUAAUGUCGCAGUAAUGUAGUUAGUGUGUGUUAGCAUCCACCGAUCACACUGCCAUGUUUGCAUCUGCCGCGCACCGCUGCAUCGGUGCAUUGUGCACUGCACUCCCACUGCCAGCGCAUAGAUUCGGGCACGCUUGGCCUGACGUCACACAACUGCUUCCUUUGAACUUUUGCUCACUGCACUCACACUAGUACACUGCCAGCGCAUGGAUUCGGGCGCGCUUAGCCUGACGUCGUACAACUGCUUCCUUUGAACUUUCUCUUUCUUUCUUGCUGUUGGCUUCACUUCAAAGACUAGUCUAAUUAGUGGUGACUUUUAGCUUGUGCCAGCACCAAAUUUUCACCCUCCAUCCCUCCCAUUUGAUCAUCUUGCUAAUGGUACUAUGGGACAUUUAGCUCUAUCGCUCCUAACUGGUCACUUGCUUCGCUAGUUGCGGCUUUUCACGAGCCAGUUGUUGCCAAUUGCAUUGGCUUUGCCUUGCAACCCCAUUGUGGCACAAUGUGGGUUUAUUGCGGCUCCUCGCGAGCCAGUUGCUGCCAGUGGCCUGGCAUUGCUUUCCAGCUCUUCGA